AUGGAGAAAGCCGCCGUGGAAGGGUUUAAACCCAAGGAUAGUGAAGGAGCCACUCGAAAGAGCAGGAUCCGCGUUGAGGGAUAUGACACUUCACUCCCUUACGAUGAUGUCAAGAGCGCGUUGAGGAGACGUUUCUCUUCAUGUGGAGAGAUCAUGGACAUUUGUAUUCCCAGAUAUGUUGAACCCGAUGCUCUCAACAUAUAUGCUCUCGUUACAUUGCUUGGAGAAGACGCAGUAGAGAAGGCGUUGAAACUUCAUGGAAGUGACGUGGGAGGAUGGAAGGUACUCGUUCGUGAUUACCCAAUUCCAGGGGAGCUAACUCCUGAAAUGGCUGCCAAGAUUGCGAUUAAGAACAGCUACCCCACAUACGUCGCAUUUUCUGGAUACUGGAUGACUGUAUCGGGAUAUAACACUUCGCUUCCCGAGGACGAUAUCAAGAGGGGGAUGAAAUCGCUGGAAUUGGAGGAUCGUGAAUCUAGUGAAGAUGAUGCAUCCAGUCGAUUUACCCGAUCUUUCAUUACUUUUCUUGGAGGACGCGGACGCGACACAGAAAAGAAGGCGUUGGAACGUAAUGGAAGUGACAUGAAAGGAUGGAAUAUAGUAGUUACGCCUUUCCCGUAUCCAAAGCCAAUUUCUGAAUUGGAUGCUUAUAGGGAGGCAUCCAAACCCUGCGUCAAAGUCCAAGAAGAUGAAAGAGAAGGAGGCUGGAUAAUUGUUUAUGCAUAUGGCAACGACGAGGAUAUCAAGAAAUCCUUGAUUAAACAUUUCUCUUCAUGUGGAGAGAUCACUAGAGCUUACGUUGUAAGAGGCAGAAGAGUUAAUAGAGUUAAGGUUUUAAUCAAGGGAGAAGGCGCAGUAGAAAAGGCGCUGAAGCUUACUGAAUGUGAAUGUGGUGUGAAAGGGUGUAAGCUUGUAGCUAAGAAGUGA